AUGCGGCCUCUUCUGUUGCUCUUCGUAACUGCUGUAGUUGUCUAUGGAGAAUCCAGCCGAUGUACUCAAAAGUUGGAUGCCGGCCCUUGCAUGGCAUUCUUCAUACACUAUGGCUAUGACCCAGCAAAAGGUGAAUGUGUCGAGUUUGUUUAUGGUGGAUGUGGAGGGAAUGAAAACAACUUCCAGACGAAGGAGAGCUGUGAGAAAGCAUGCAUUGAGGGCACAACUGAA